AUGCCAUUGCUGCAAGAGAGUAAAUGGGCAGUGCUGCCCAUGCACCUGUCGGCCAAGCAGAGAGGGCAAGAAGAAUCCUGUGAGAGGGGUGGCGCGGUGUGUUCAUCGGCGUCGUUGACAAAUUGCGGGACUCCCAUCAAAAGUUGGGAUCUCAUUUUGGACUUUAUGGAACCCAUGACGAGGGAGGAAGAAGAGGAGUUGAGGCUCCGGUUGCGGACAGCGUUCGUUAGUGAGAAUAACGAGAAUAUGUUCAGUACACCGUUCAAUAUGUGCGAGCAUUAA